CCCCAUCCCGGUCGGACCAUCUUGCCCGACCGGGCCAUGCCACUCCCGCGUCUAGAUUGCCGGGGAGCCGGAUGGCCGACGUCAUCGCUGGAGUGCCGUCACCAGACUCAUUCGCUUUCUUUGUCUCUCCCACCUCCCUCAUCAGUCCGGAUGCAGCCAUCCCCUAUCACCUUACCAGUGGACUGAUCGGUACUAGCUGGACUAGAUCUCCAUUUUUUCUUUGGCUUCGUCCCCCACAUCAGUUGUUUAUAUCCUCCGAACUCUUCUUGUAACCUCUCAUUUGGGAGACCGCAAUGAGUGAGGACAUCAUUCGAGUGUGGCAGCGUAUCUGUUGGUCUGACUGAUAUCGCCCACACAUUGUUCCUACCCUUAUUCUCCUUUACACAAUAUCAAAAGAAUCGUACCUGUUGGUCUCCGACGAUAACAGAAUGUCGUUUUUCUUUGGACGCCGCCAUUCCAUCUCAUCCGCCACUCUGAGUCAGGGCGAUAACCUUCCCAGAAGUGAGAGGGGGAGGAGAGCCUCAUUACCCAAUGUGUCCGAUCCGAACAAUACCGGCUCCCACGCUAAAGGUGUGAUCCACGACAUAUUCCACAAGCAUCGAGGGGACUCGGAAACAGGCUCUUCAACUGGGACAAAGACGCCUAAAUCGACUGAUACAGCCCGAUCCAAUUCCACAAAGCCGGAUACCCACUCCCAGGACGAGCAACCUGGUUCCCACCACCAUUCGGAGCAGGCUGCCAAACCUCGUCAAUCACACCAUUACGAGGGUCCAUCUUCACAUAACCAGCUGACGAAAAAGGACAUCGAAACGAUAUUUUCGGGAGCUCCAUACUUCCUGCUGGAGAAGGGAAAGCAUGGGCUCUUUUACCCACAGAUAAUAUUCCCUUUUGAUGAUCACGAUCCCACCAUUCAAAGUCUCGGGGAUAGACGGCCGCUUCCUCAUGCCUCCUACACCCUGUGUACUCUUCAUGCUCAUUUGCCAGUACCGGACGACUGGGUGAUUGAAGGGGAAACGCCGGUUCAUCUGGGGCAUUGGAAACGAUCGGAAGCUCCGAAGCGGGCGACUUUUGAUGUUGGAGUUCACGAAGUACCCAAUAUGCUGUCAGUCAAUGGCAAAGACGCUGGUACGAUCGGUUUCCGUCACUUCCUCGAACUGCCCGUCGCCGACUCGGUCGUAUACGCGGGGCCCGUGAAACCACGACCAUGCUCUGACCUCCUUCACAUCUCAUCGCUACCAGCAACCGAGGCGUAUGAAUUGAUGGGGCACUAUAACGACCCGUAUGCCCAGUGCGCGGAUGGUACCAUCCAUGACCGGAAGAAAUUGCUCUGCGAAGGACCGGUAGCUUGGAAGAGGAUCGGUGUCCGCGAUGUCGACUUGCGAGCCCUAGUGGAGCGUCUCCAGACGCUGAAGACCCUCCGCUACGAUAUUCUGCACGGGGAGGCCCCAAAGACGAUUCUAGACACAGAAUGCACUCGAGAGCUAUACAGUGGACUGUUCAAUCGGUUUCUGUACCCACCGGUGCGGUUUCUGCUUGCGGAUGCCGGCGAUCCUCAUAGUUUGAAGGCUCAAAUCAAAGCUCUGACAGUGGUGUUGGCUACCCCUGGGGCGUGGUUUGACUUUAGUCUGAUCGAUUGGCGAUUGCAUCUUGGACAAGUACUGUUUGAGAAUCCCCCACACAGCGACGGCGACUUCCUUGAUCCGGACAAGUCUGACAAACCCUGGGUGCAUUUCACACUGGAACGCAAGUGGCUUCUCGUCCAGAUGCUGCUCGCUGCGGAGCUACUAAUGCGUUUGGAUGCCACUGUUCGAGUAGGAAUGCUGCAGAAUGCGCGGGAUAUCGAUGUCUCGGUGCAUGAUGUGUACGAGUUUGACCGGCUACGUAGUGGUAAGCUGAAUUGGGAUCUGGUUACAGUUCGACGAUUUCUAGACAGCUUUCGCUUUGCCUACAACCCUGUGGAGCCGGACAACCCUUCUCCGACCAUACCUGCGCCGAGCAAGUCGCCUGAGCGGCAUCAUCAUCGUGGAUUCCUCGAAGCCUUCACACACCACUCGACAUCAUCCGCCCAUAAUGAUGAAUCCGCCUGGCGGUGUCACCUAACUCCCAGCCAUGUUGACCAGCAACUAAAAGGAUUGUUCGUUUUUGCAGACAACAUUGGCUGGCCAGGACUGAAUACAUUCAAGAGUGCACUGCGAUCCAAACUUGAGGGUGAUGGUGUGGAAAAGAAAAUCGAAGCCGCCUACACCAUACCUCUUACCAAUGCGCUACCUGCGGAGUAUUCCACUACGGACUUGACAAAAGAGAUGUAUAGCAGAUCUCCAUCGCGCCGGUUGCUCCUCCUUCAUUCUCCUCACAGCAUACGUCCCCUGAACAUUGGAGGUUGGAUUACGCGUAGCUGGCUCGCGGGGUUGGUAAUCCCUGGCGAGUCCAUCAGCCACCUUCUCAUGGCAACCAUCCUAGAAAAUGACGAAGAGGCUAUGGCUACACUUGGUCCAGUCGCGAACGUUUAUGGUGGUUUCACGUACAAGGGGAAGACCUGGUGGAGUAAGAAGUGCAUUGUCGGACGAGUAUUGGCAAGCCAACCGGGUACUAAGGUCUGUUUGGCGUGGCUGGCAAGCUCUAUAUUGCCCAAAGACUCGGAGAGUGGAGAGCGAUUGGUCAACACAUGGUUUGAGGUGGAUGUCCGCGAGCCGCCCCGGCGUCCAGGCAAGCCACGCAUCAAACACGGAAACAGGCUGUCCUUUGACUCUACGCCGCUUGGCUUGGGAGAGCUUACGAGUGGAGUAUUCUUGCUGCCUGUCGAUGGCCCCUGCGAUAGCUGGUCGAAAGCAAACAUUAACUUCCAGGACCUCACCUUCUCCCUCGAUACGAAACGAACAGGUAACAACCUAACCGUAAUUAAAAAGGCCUUUGCCAGUUUCCUUCUCGCUUCCACUGCUACCGGACCAACCCCAGUGUCGUUUGAAUUGGCCUACAAUGUACGAUUCAUUUCUUCCCACGAGUGCCGUCCACCCGGGGGGUCGGUCAACUAUCAGAAUCACCCAAGCGCCCCGGAUGGCGGGUCAUCAUCUUCGUCAUCAAGCCAUGUCUCCCAUAGACACCACCGUUUGCCGGGCCACCCGUUGCACCGAUCGUACGCGUACAAGUGGGUUCCUCUAGAAUCCCUUUCGGAGACAUCUCACUCGGAUAGCCACAGCAGCGGACUAGUCAAGGAAGAGAUCCUCCUUCUUGACGCGCGGGGCUCGCACGACAAGGAAACAUUUGCACGAGCAUGGUGUGCGUCUGUUGGACAUCAUGCCGUCAUUGGCAAGGUUGGACGGACCUGUCUGGCAUGUUGCAUUCGAGAAGCCCGAGCGUUACAGGUGAAGGUGGUGAUUCGCAUUGGGGACGGGAUGUCGACGCCCUCUUCGUCGAUCCAAGUAUUGUAUGGUGGAGAGUAGGAUAGACUGAUUGGUUGGUACUUAGAAGAGUCUGGUUUCGGUCGCACGUAGUGAUGCCUGCCAAUUUCCUGUGUUGUUUGUAUGUAGUAGUAUCCUUCAAGAAUCCUCUGAUCCUAGACAUGGCUAUUUGUAGGUAGCUGCCUGGUAGUCUGGAGGUUAGCUGCGUAGUGUUACGGUGCACGGGAUCCUUCCCUACAGGUCGGGGCUGUUUGCCAGAAAGGCAAAUACCCGUUUGGUGUCACCCACUCCUUCGUCUUCCUUUCUUGUUCUUCGUUGCUCUUUUGAUCUCUUCUUCAGAGGUGGGGAUUUCAUCCCGGGUGGCCUUCUUCUGAGCCAUAAAUACUUCCAGGCCUCCAGAGCAUCUUCCGUCGCUUCUCAUCGCCAUCACUUCCUAUAUACUACUGCUUUUCUUAUAUAGUAUUUCGCAGUUCUGUAUACUAUACGAUGCUGCUAUAUACAGUCCAUCAAGUCCG